GAGAGCGGGCUUGCGAAUAAAAUGACCGCAAAUGAGUCGUGUCAUGUUGUGCCGUUGAUGGUAGAAUUGAUGACAGGAGGAAUUGAUUUAUCGCUUUCUGAUAAUUAUAAUGUUACUAAGGUCCAUCUGUCAUUGGGUGAGGAGAACCUCUGUCCAAGGAUUUAUGACGAGGUUUACAAGGCAAUUAUGCAGUCGUAAAAGACUCCACACUGGAUUGGCUGAUGCAGAGACCAUCUUUACGUUAUCAUCGGGCCACGGUAGAUGUGGUGUAGCUGUCAUACGGGUCAGUGGUCCUGCAUCAGAGACAGCCCUGCGGUGUAUGGCUGGGUUGACACGCAGUCUGCCUCCUCCACGUACCGCCAUGUUACGCAGCAUCACUGAUCCCCAGUCCAAAGAAGUGCUUGAUCGUGGACUUGUGCUCUGGUUUCCAGGUCCAAACAGUUUUACUGGAGAGGACAGUUUAGAAUUCCACAUCCACGGGGGUCCAGCUGUCAUCACUGCUGUCUUACAAGCAUUAGGAAGCAUGCCUGGUAUGAGGCCUGCUGAAGCCGGCGAGUUCACACGGAGGGCCUUUCAAGCUGGGAAACUUGGACUCACAGAGGUUGAGGGUCUGGGAGACUUGAUCCAUGCUGAGACUGAAGCUCAGAGGAGGCAGGCACUACGGCAGAUGUCGGGAGAGCUGGGCCAGCUCUACCAGGACUGGACCGACAGACUCAAACGAUGUCUCGCUCAUGUGGAGGCCUUCAUAGACUUCAGUGAGGAUGAGCUAAUUGAAGACGGGGUGCUGGAACAAGUAGAUGGAAGUGUAGAUGGUCUUCGAUCAGAGAUGGCUCGGCACUUGCAGGACGAGAGAAGAGGGGAACGGCUACGCAGUGGUGUUCAGGUGGUGAUUGCAGGAGCCACCAAUGCUGGGAAGAGCAGCCUCCUGAAUACACUGUGCCAAAGACCAGCUGCAAUUGUGUCUCCAAUCGCCGGGACAACUAGGGACGUCGUGGAGACGGCACUGGAUGUCGGAGGCUUCCCUGUCCUCCUGAGUGACACAGCUGGACUCAGAGACAGUAUGGAUCUGGUGGAGAAGGAAGGGAUCCGCAGAGCACGUGAGAGGGUGGAGCAGGCAGAUCUGACUCUGCUGGUUGUUGAUUCUACGCAGCUCCCCGUCAACAACCAGCAGCUGAAGUCCUUCCUCCAACAACACCUGAGCACUGUCCUACCCAGUUCUGAAGGUCAGAUGGUGCGCCGUUGCCUGCUGAUUCUGAACAAGGCCGACCUGCUGCCAGGGGAACACAGACUCCAACUGAGGAUGGAGUUGGGACGGCUCUCUGGACUUCCACCUGUCUCUCUGAUCUCCUGCCACACCAGUGAUGGACUGCAGGACUUCCUCAAAGCGCUUCACAGGAGUGUCAAAACUCUGUGUGGAGAUCCACUCUCAGACGCCCCCACACUCACCCAGGCUCGCCAUAGGGCCCACAUACAGCAGUGUGUUUCUGCUCUGCACCAGUACGCCCAGUACCGGGACCUGGACCUCGCCCUGGCUGCCGAGGGCGUCAGGUUAGCACUGACCAGCCUGGGUCGGAUCACUGGGCGAGUUGGAGCGGAAGAGAUCUUGGAUAUCAUCUUCAAAGACUUCUGUAUUGGGAAGUAGUCCAGCAAGCGAGUUUAAAAAUAGAGUGAGAGAGAAGCUGCGCCUGUGUGAGGUACAGAAGCGUCAAACAAUUAUCAGACAAAGAAAGAGGUCGAACUUGGCGCUGAGCUUCAAGGCUUGGAGUGAGAAUGUGUGUUCUUGGCUGAGACUGAUCCCAGAAGACAAAAGUUUUUAUUAGUGCCAUGGUGAAUAUUUCAACACAAUACCUCCAAGAAGGUUGUGACAUUGGAGUCAUUAUGUAAUUAUCUGGCUACUGGGUCAGAACUCGGCAGCCAGCUCAGCCCCAGCUGCAGCUGCUACAAGGUCACGGGCUGAUAUUUUGGAAUUGUUCCGCACAUAGCUGGACAGGAGGCUUUCUUUCGGAUCAAGUGACAUGUCAGCCUCCACAGUUCCUGUGACAAUGGUUGGAGUCUGACAUGAUGUGCCUUCUGUCAACUGCUGAUAGGAAAUGUUGACGCAAUUAUAUGGGAAAGCAUUACAAAUCUCAAAGCUGAGCAUGAAAACAUCCAUCUCAUCCGUCAUGUAUAUAUCUCUGAUGUCCAAAAGUCAAACGUCCCUCUCCCCCAGGGAUUUCUACUGGGGAUAAGAUUCAUUCCAGCAUGUCCUAGGACUGUUUCAGGGGCUCCUCUCAGUUUACCAUGAAAGGGAGAAGAGAUGACCAUGACCCAGAUACCCUGCAGAUUAAGUCAACCAAUCUCACCUGAAAUUAGAAGCAUCAUUAAGUCCCUCUAGGUCACUGACAUUCGGCCAUGAGCCAUCUUGUCCUUUUUGAAACAGUGUUGUAGUCUGAUUUCUGACUUUCUGCUCACUGAAUUUGCGAUUAAAAAAUCAGUGAUUCUGAAAUCUUUCUGCUGUAUAAAUGUGUUUGACACAAUGUCAAUUUAGUUCCAGUUCCAGUUCUGGUUCAGACUCAGUUCUGGUUGUCGUGCACCGCUGCUCUAUUUGAGAGAGAUUUCCACAAUAGCUCCAUGCUUCUUUUGUUCACCUGUCAGCCCUGUCCUGCUCAAAUGUUUAUGUUUCCCUGCUGAACCCAUCACCCUCCUUCCCCAGUGUGCUUCUCAGUCUGACGACAUUUGCUCGACUUCCAACGUCACCAGCUGCCUGAGAGUGUUUUUGUCUCUCUUGUCUGUGCCUCUGCUACUUGCCCUUUCUUCCUUCUGCACCGCACUGUUGCCCUCUGUCAUGUUCUUCUUGAUUAAUUACUCCAAAAAUAGGCUGUGGUUCAGAACAAACGAAUGGUUCUAUACGUUCCUGGUUUCGUCUGUUGACACUCGCUGACGUCGAUUAUAGUUAGUCUCACAACACCAUCUUCUUUCACGCUACAUAUCACUGCUGGUGAUCACCAGUUCAUCAAGGUAUCUGUUUCCCAGUUGCCUCUGGGUUUGAUAAAUGCAUCCACAGCUCUAUAGGUGAAGGUGAAGUAGGGUUGAUGAUAUUUGUCCCAGAACAGAAUGCUCCAUCCAUUGGCCAUAGACGUCUUUAUAUGUCUUUUGUGUGUUCAGGACUUUUGUGCUUCUUAGCUGAGACAAAGGAUCUCCCAAGAACAUGGGAAGGUUUUCGUGUUUCCUUAGCACUACAUAAAUCUUUAUAUGAUGUAGAUUUAUAUAGUGCGCAGGUGAGAGAAUGAGGAGUAAAUGUAGUUGGCAAAGCUACAUUUUAGCUGUUUUUUAAUAAACUCUAUUUGUGCAAUGUAGUUUCCUCAACUCUAGAAAUAACCAUUGCAGUAUUUUAUGAUCUAAGUUGUAAAGCAGUAGGUUGAUGAUGAUUAUGAUCUGGGGAUAGACAUAAUGAAACAUAUGUUAAUACAUACCUGUAUAUCUUCAAUUAACCAGCGCUAAGUCCUGUCCAGAUUUGCAGGAAUACGUUUUGGAGCCUAUCCCCACAGUCAUUGGUCGAGAGGCAGGAAUACGCACUGGACAGGUCGACAGUCCAUUGACACACCAUUCACACAAUGUCCAAUUAACCCAGUGAGCAUGUCUUUGGGAGAAAGCCAGAGUACCCAGAGAAAAUCCACACAGGCACAGGGAGAACAUGCAAACUUCACCCUGAAAAGUCCUGAGCUGGAUUCAAACCCUGAACCUUGUUGCUGGGAGGCAGUAGUGCUAGCUAUUGUUCCUCCAUGAUGACAACUUCAUGGUGAUUAUUGAAAAUAUACACCGGUACAUCAGUUUGCUUAUAGCCCAACUAACAUAGCUAGAGAUAAACCUGCUAAACAACAGUGUCCAUGUAACCCAACUCAGAAACAAUCAGUUUAGUACAAAAGCACAUGGAAAGGGAAGCAACCCAGGAUUGAAUUACACACUAAUGUUAAGGUACUUUAGACCAAUAAAUACUGCAAAGGGUUUCUAAGUUUCUAUCAAAGGCCAGUUACAUUAGUGAAAUAAUAACAACCAUUUUAUUAUUAAGUCAUUUUCAAUGUGAUUAAUAACUUCUUAGGACAGUAGAACUCAUCUAAUUCAAAUAUAUCAUCAGUUAAAAAAAAGUUUGUAAUUCUCUCUUAAUGGUGAGGAGACAGUACUUACCUACUUAAACUUGAUUAUCUACAUUAUAAUCAGAACAAGACAGACUUCUACUUUCUCAAAUGGCUUGAUUUUAUUUGAAAAUGUUUUUUUGCUAAUUGGAAAGACAGAACAGCAACUUAGGUAUCUAAAGGUCAACUCUCUGGGGUCACUUUUACUGCCCAUCAAUCAGUCACAGCGGUCACAGCAACUUCACCAGCUGCCUCAGCUCAUACUUAUCCAAGGAAAAGGAAGCUAUAAAACCUGAGAGCCACUUCCUUUGUAUGACACAAUAAAAAAAAAACGGCUCAAAAGUCCAGUUUAAUAUACAUAGUUGAAAAUCUGCGACCAAAAACAAAAUUGAUGGGCAACUGAAGUGAGUGCUGACGUGAUUGUGAAGGAAAUAUAAACAUCUGUUGCAGCAGAGCUUUCUAAUACAACCGCAGCGUCUGAGCAACACGCACUUCAAUGAGUUACAACAAAAUAUGUACAACAAAGUGAAGCGCAUUCUGGUCUGGACCUGAGAGUUAAACAGUCACAUGUGAAGUCGAAACCAUGCUGAAGGAUGGUGGUGGAGUGGUAGAAAUCUGUGGCAGAAUGUCCGUUCCUUUCUCUCGAUCCAUGACUGGAGACCAGAAGUUUGUCCAUCUCAUCUCACCUGAAAGAGGAUGUAUGACCACUGUUAUCAUAUAUAUCAUAUAUCCAAAAUCAUAGUUUCACUGACCAGAAGUAAUUCUGGAGGAGGGUAACGUUUUAAAAAGUACACAUGAGAAUGAAGAAAGGGAGAGUGGUCCUCCAGGACCUUCUAUGAGAGAUGAUUCAAGUGGAGCUCCAGGCCCCUCUGAGGGGCACCAGAUAGAGUUUGGCCUGGGCAGGGACUAAAAGGCCAGCACAUAAACAAGGGGAAUAUUGGUUGGAUCUGUUAGUUUGGAAACCUAAAGUCAUACAUUGACAUAUUUAGCUUGUAUGCUGCUCUUUCCAUCAUGUCCUACACAUCAAACCAUCCCUCGAUAUAGCUAGAUAUCUGUGAGUGGCUUCAUGGCUACUGGGGCUGAAUAUGCUGUCGGAAACACAGUCAGUCAGUCCACUUCAACACACAAUUUCAAUGGAUCUUGACUUUUUCCCAGCUCUGGUCCUUUUAACAUAGCUUGGAUCAGCUCCCAUAGUCACGGAAUGGACGGAACUCAAGCACACACAAAGACACACGACCGGUGCAUCAACUGAAUGGAAAUGAAACAGGAGAGAGCAUUCAGAGUGUUUAGAAAGAAUCUAGUGUACAUACAAUAUGUACAGUAAAGUCACCAUUCUUCUUCAUAUAAUAUGGAAAUGUGAUAUAUAUUAGCUAUCAUGAAAUUAUUAUUACUAGCAGCACUGUGAAAAAUAAUUGUCCACAAGGUCAUUCUUCUUUGCAGAGGUUAAAUCACAAAAGCACUUGUGCGUAAGCUUCAUAUAUCUUGUGUCAAACACAUCAGUUCUGCAAUGCAAUGGACAACAGAGAUGCACAAAAUGGAGGGCAGGUUUUCCUCUUACUGUUGGAGUCUUGCUGAGUGCAGAUGCAUGAGGCCAGUUUGCCCCAUUUUGUUUGUUCUGUUGUGGGUUGGUCAGCAGUCCGCCAGGCUUCGUCAGACCGGGCUACAAUACAAGAAGUCAAGCGUAAACGCAUAAUCCUAGCAAUGGCUCAGGUAUUUGUCAAAUCUGGUCUCGGAUUUUGUCGACUCAUGGCUUCGUGAACAUGUUUUCACAGUGUUAUCUCUGUGACCGGCCCAUCCUUCCUGUAGCUGCUGCUUCACCUCCACUUCACCUCUGCUGGCCAACAUGGAGGCCACAAAGCACCGGCGUUCUAGUCAGCUAACCAAAGAGCUGAUUGAUUUCUAAAACAACAGCAGCAUGAUUCUUUUGGCGGCCUGCGUGCUCUUCCUGACAAGCGCAAGCUGCUUUCUGCAGCUCGAAGGAGCUUCGAUUGAAAGCCUGCCUUACUGUAAGAGAGAUGAGUGCUUUACCUUACAGUUGGGCUGUGAUCUCAGCAGCUGCAGCUCUGUCUCUUUCAGAGCCAAACUCUCCUCCUGCAGUUUCUUCUGAUCUCUCAGUCGGUUCUGCUCAAGCAGUAGCCGCUCCAUCUGGGUCAAGUCAAGAAAAAACUUAGUUGACUGAAUGGAUGAGUGAGUUUUAUGAGCUGGGGCUCGUGCUGUCCGUUUCGAGCAUUGAUUUUUCCUGCUCCACGACAGGCUUGACUCUGGUGUGUAUGCUUUCACUUUUCACUUGAAACCGGAAAUAUCAUAAAAACAGUGACAAACAAUAAGUGGUGUUUAAGUUGGAGUGAAAGACAUUCAGGCAGACUCCUAAAUACAACUCAAGAAUCAGAAUUUGAUUCCAACGUUGGCUCUUAUGUUGCUAGGAUUCAACUGUUGCAGUGCAUCAUGAGAUUUGCUGUAUGAUUCUGUUAUACAGAAACAAAUUGAUGAACUCAUUUAAUAGGUUUUUUGAAUAGAGAGUAAAAAAAAUAUUUAUAAUCAUAAUAAUCAUUAUUAAAUGACAUUUGUUGUAUUGUAUUCUUGGUCUGAUGGGUUAUUCUUGACACUCACUUUAGGAGUCACUACUUCAUGCCCCACAGUAGUGGUUCUUAUGACUCACCUGCUCGUCAUGUUGCUUCUGCUUGAGCUGCAGCUGCUGGUUCAGAUCUGCCGUUGUCUGGCUGUGUUUCUGCUCACACUGUUUCAGGUCGGAUUUCAGGUGUGAUUUUUCCACCUCCAGACGACUGGACAUGGCUUGAAUUGUGGCGACCUGCAGGGGCAAAACAUGUGUGCACGUAAUGAGCAAUGAAAGUCCUCACUGGCUUCAGGAUUUUGUAUUCCAACAGAGGAGAGGAUGGGUCAUCUUGUCAAGCACAGAGGAGAGGUUUCCAGGUGGUUCCUUUACAUGCUCACACAGAGGUCUAUUUCUAUCUGAAUGUCAAACGGUAAUGUUCAUCUUCCUCACACGACAGACGCUGCAGUUGCCAAGGGGGAGGACGUGUGUGCUAAUGUCUCUCUUGGGAAUACAAACAUGCACCUGAUGAUUGUCCAAAGCACCAUGGAACACAUUUCCUUACCAUACUAACCAUUGUGUGUUUGUAUUUUUAUCACCAGCUCAUUCUUUCAAGCUAAAUAGCUGCUGAUGUCAAAAUACUUCAGACUUGAUACAACAGCGCACAUGACGGAAUCCUGCAGUGCAGCGUGUCAGAGGAAGAACUCUGACAGAUACUGUCUUUUAAUCAAGGUAAACAACCUUUUUCGGUAUAAACUAAAUGUAUAAUUUGAACAGUCAGCUUUUUAGGUUUUCAUUCAUUAUCUUUGAUUGAUCCCUGUGCCAUUGUGCUUUCCCCAGCCUCUCACCCUUAUCUUAACCCUCCGAAAACACAUGGCUAACCUUAAGCAGGACUCUGAGCCAAACUGAAACCCAAUCAUCAUCACCUUGUUAUUAUGAAGUCUUCAUCCUCAAAUCAACGUUUGGACCUGUGCGGUCGGGCAAAAGGUCCCCACGAGGAUGGUGUUUUGUCAAGAAUUGGUCCCCAGGAGGCAGUAAAAGCAAGCCCUCUCACACACACUCAUAUCUGUGUGCAACAUACUUCCUGAAGAUAAGCUACAUUCUGCUGCAGAAGUCACAUAAUACAAUAAAAACAGUUUGGAUUAUCUAGACAAAACAUCACUUGGGUCGUUCCUUAAUUGGGUAUUUUUCUUUUUCCCUGCUAACAAUUUUUCUCGGCUCUCUGUUUAUCAGAGAGGCGAGUCUCCUUGGCAGGAUCGCAAAUUAUAGAGAAGUCUGACUUCCUCUCCGGGGAGCCCGACUUCCCUCUUUAAUUGUUCACUCUGAUACUUGAGUUGGAUUUAUAGGACGUGACUAGACGGGAAACUAAUUAGGAAUACUGGGGAUGAUAAAGGAACACUUU